GUGAGUGAGUUAACGUGGAAAGUUAAGAAGACAUGAAGAACAAGAGGCUUCACUAAGUAUUAUAAUGGAGUGAAAGCGGAGGCUAAAUCAUCAUCAUCAUUCUUUUCUUCUUUUAGUUUGUUCCAGCACUGAGAGGCUGUGAUGUCCGGCAGCGCGAGUGAGGCUGACGAGGCCUCGUCUGGAGAAUGGAGGGAGAAAUACUUGGCUCUGGAAGCUCUGCUGUUAAAGUUCCGUGGACAGAUGAGUGUGAUUCGAGACCUCACAACAGAAAAGAUGCAGCAGCUAGAGAUACAAGUUUUGGAGGCAGAGCGACAUGCCUAUGAUGCAAACCAACAGGUGCAAUGGAUGGAGGAGCGUCUGAAGGCUAGUGAUGUGGAGUCUGGUGUCUCAGAGCUGAAGCUCUUUAGACGCUGCCAAGACCUUCAGGCUGCGCUGCAAGAGAAAGAAGAGCUGAUAACGUCACUGGAGCAACAGCUAGAAGAGCAGAAACAGGGGCGAAUUCAGGAUGCCAAGAGUGUAGAGGAGAAAGCAGGAAAGAUCAAGGAGUGGGUGAUGCGGAAGAUAAAUGAGUUUGAGGUUGAAAACACCUCCUUGAGGGAAACAAACCAGCAGCAGGAGGCCCAGAUUUUGGAACUAAAGAGACAAAUUCAAGUCCUGGAGCAGGCUGCAGGCUGUAAAGGGUCGGAUCAUGCUCAACCGGGACAAGCUCAGCGAAUCAGCAGCCUGACCUUUGGCUGCUUUAACGUGCAAGGGAAGAGCCCUCAGGUCCGCGCAGGCCCUAUGCCAGUUCAGAGGAGCACAGGCAGUGUGUGUACGAACCUCACAGACACUGACGACGGGAGGAUCUCAGCUGAGUGCGGAAAUAAACACAAUCCUGACACUGAGGCUAUGACAUCCAGCCCUCGAAUGGAGUCUGAGCAUGAGAAGGAGGGUGGGACUGCAGUGGACAUCCUGUCCCACAGUACUGAGAACAAAGCAGAAUUAAAGGAACCCAACAUUACCAGCUUAGAUACUGGCAUACAUCAUCAUCUUGCUGGAUCAGAUGGUGCAGUUAAGGAAAAAGCCAGCGAGCACAAGGUGGACGGUGAGGACGGGUCAUCAGAUGAGCUGAACAAGCAGUUUCGCUUGCAGCGUCUAAAUUCUUCAUCCUCCUCCAGCGAGGCCAAUACGCCCAGUCCAGUACUGACCCCAAAGCGGCCCACUCCAUCGCAGGAUGCACAUGAUACACCUGCCUCGCCCAAGCAGCCUCGUCUACGCAGCCCCAAUGCCUUUAGCGUUAGCGUUGCGUUAGCCAAGAAGCACCUAAGCCAGCCUUCAGCGGUUAGUGAAACAGUUCACGGCAGAACCCGCAAUGCCAUCAGCAUGCUACGCCCGUUGAAGCCACAGGAAGCUGAUCUGAACCAGGAGCAGGAGAUGGAGACUGGUGAAGGAAUGAUAGCCUCUGAAGAGCCAUCUAAAGCUUCAGAAGAAAAGCCAAGGUCCUCUGAUGCAGCUGCAGCUUUACCAGGGAUCAAGCCGCCCACCCCUCCCUUGCACAGGUUCCCCUCCUGGGAAAGCAGGAUAUAUGCUGUGGCGAAAUCUGGAAUUCGGCUUUCAGAAAUAUCAUGCACAAAUAUAGCAAAUAAGGAUUCCUCCCACCCAUCCUCAUACCCCGCCUUCAUGCUGUACAUAUCUCUCAUCUACGGAAACAUGAACACACCGGUCUACACCACAGUGAAAGGGAGGGUGGAGUUGCUAAGCAGCACUCAAUUUUCAGAAGAAUCUUCCACAUCUGAAGAGGAGGAGGGACUGGAGGAGUGUCAAUCAAACUCGGGUGAGGAGGAGAGCGGUUCGCACAGCUCUAGCUCCUACUGUCCCAACAUCCAGGAAAGCUCCAUUAGGAGAGCUGUUUCCCUUUCCUCAAUGGCGUCUGAGAGCGACUACGCCAUCCCUCCUGAUGCCUAUUCUAUAGACACCGAGUGUUUUGAGCCUGAGAACAAACUGCAAAAGACAUGUUCUUCCAGCAGUGACAGUGGAAAGAGUGAGCCAAUGGAAAAGUCUGGCUACCUGCUUAAGAUGGUGAAGACCUGGAAGAAGACCUGGAAACGCCACUGGUUUGUCCUGAAAGAUGGAGAACUGAUGUACUACAAGUCACCGAGUGAUGUCAUCCGUAAACCUCAAGGCCAGAUCGAGCUCACCGCGUCUAGCACUAUUUCCCGUGGGGACGGCAAACAAAUACUUCAGGUGGUGACAGGAAAACAUGUGUAUAAUCUAAAAGCAGACUCUCCUAACCUGCUUGAGGAGUGGCUGAUGGUCCUGCAGUGUGUGCAGAAAGUCAAAGCAGCCAGUCCCCUCUUUACCCAGCCCAACGUCCGACCGACCAUGAAGGGACAUUUGACUAAGGUGAAGAACGACUAUUCUAAGCGUGUAUGGUGUUCACUUAUUGGAAAGACACUGUACUACUUCAGAUGCCAGGAGGACAAGUUCCCACUGGGUCAGAUCAGGCUGGCAGGAGGACAUGUGGAAGAAUUAAACUCGGAUGAGAACAGUAAGAGUGGACAGCCUGCUCAGUCCACUAUCUCCAUUCAGAUUUUAAAUCAGAGCCCCACUCACCUGCUUAUAGAUUCCCAACACGAAAAGGCAGCAUGGCUAUACCACCUGUCUGUGGCAGCGGGCACCAACGUGGGGCAGGUGGGAACUGAGUUCGAGCAGCUGGUUGGAAAAUUGCUCAACGUGGACGGAGACUCAGGCUCUCAAGUGUGGAGGCAUCCCAUGUUGUGCUUCAGCAAGGAAGCCUUGUCCACCCCUCUCACCACCCUGCCCUCUCAGGCCUUACAGACUGAAGCCAUCAAACUUUUUAAGACGUGCCAGCUCUUCAUUAACGUGGUCAUAGACACUCCGGCCAUAGAUUACCACGUGACUCUGGCACAGUGUGCGCUGCAGGUGUGUCUCACACACUCUGAGCUGCAGAACGAGAUCUACUGCCAGCUUAUCAAACAAACGCGCAGGAGGCAGCCUCAUGGACAGCCAGGCCCGCUGCAGGGUUGGCAGUUUCUGGCAUUGUGUGUGGGACUCUUCCUGCCGCAGCAUCCCAUCCUCUGGCUACUCCAAGUCCAUCUCAAAAAGCAUGCUGACCCCAGGACGGAGGUGGGGAAGUAUGCGAUUUACUGCCAGCGUUCUAUGGAGAGAACCCAGCAGAAAGGUGAGCGCCAGGCCCGGCCCUCACGAAUGGAGAUAUUGUCCAUCUUACUGAGGAACCCAUACCACCACUCUCUGCCAUUCAGUGUGCCUGUGCACUUUCUCAACAACACCUAUCAGGUUGUUGGUUUCGAUGCCUCCACCACUGUGGAGGAGUUUCAGAACCGUCUAAAUCAGGACACAGGCAUGAGGAAGACGGGCCAGUCCGGUUUUAGUCUCUACUCAGAUGACCCUACCGGACAAAAUGUGGAACACUACCUACAUGGCAGUCUAAUGAUUUGUGACAUUAUAGCUAAAUGGGAACAGGCCUGUAAGGAGUCACACACAGGGAAAUCCGAGAACUCCCGGACAGUGAAACUCACCUACAAAAAUAGGUUGUAUUUCUCUCAGCAGCUGAGAGGAGAGACUGAGAGAGAGCGCCUGCUCUUGGCCUAUCAGAUUAACGAGGAGAUUUCAGCAGGUCAUUUCCCUGUAAACAAAGAGCUUGCCUUAGAGAUGUCUGCUCUGCUGGCUCAGGUGGAGUUUGGAGACUAUGAGCGUCCCUUCCCGGGGACCGCCGGCUCCGGACAGGCUAAAUCUACACAAAGUCUAAAGCAGGUUCUGGAGCGCUUCUAUCCCAAGCACUACAGAAGAACCUGCUCUGAGGAGCAGCUACGGCAGUUAAGUGAGAGGAUCUCGACCCGCUGGGCGUCACUGAGGGGGCGCUCUACCUCCGAGUGUGUGCGGAUCUAUCUGACUGUUGCCCGCAAGUGGCCCUUUUUUGGAGCCAAGCUGUUUGAAGCUGAGCCCCAGUCACCCUCUUCACUUCAGAGCACACAUGUUUGGGUAGCUGUCCAUGAGGAUGGGUUGAGUGUUUUGGACUUCACGUCAAUGAAACUCCUAGUGACCGUCCCCCAUAAGAAUGUUGUAACAUUUGGAGGUUGCCGUCAGGACUUCAUGCUGGUCGUGACUCAGAGCUCUGGAAGCAACAAUGCCAGGGAAAAGCCUACCGAGAAACAUUUGUUCACCAUGAGCACUUUUAAGAUCCGAGAGCUGGCGUUUCUUAUGGCCAGUUACAUUAACAGCACCCAUGUACAGAAGUCAGCCGCACACCAUCUGUCUGCACCAGCUCUGAUGCUUGCCCAAAGUCAGUUUGGAGAGCAGCACACCUCUAAAACCUCUCCUACAGGCGUUUGCAGACCCAGUAAAGCCCCUACAUUGCUCUGAUGGGCCUAAACUAAAUCUUAUAUUUCAGAGAACACUAUGUAAAUGUUGACCAGAUUUUUUGUUAUUCUAAUCAGUUAAAUGAGUGUAUGACUAACACCAGUUUAUACCAGAAAUACAGCCACCCUCUAGUUGGAAAGAUAUUACAAAGACCAGCAUUUACUUUUCAUCCAAAGAAAUGAGGUACAGACAGGAGCGGGAUUAUUAAAGCAUUGUCUCAAAAGGCAAACUAACAUGGGUUUCCAAAUGAAUGCUGAAGAUUAGCUUGGAUUAUAAAAAGAAAACUGCUUGAUUGAUUAGGAAUGAAGGAAUUCAAUGCAGUAAGGUAUAAGAAUCCUUUCUGAAUGGCUCAAGCUACAGAAAGUACAUGUUUCUGCUGGGGUAGAUUAUUUACCACCACCCAACUCUGAGCUACCGGAAAUGAUUAUAUGCCAGAAAUCUUUAGAAGUGGUAACAUUGCACAUUGAGUGUCAUGCAGUUAUAAAGCAACUGUUAAGACCUUGGAUUAAUCAAAUUUUGAGUUUAUUUAUUAUAGAAAUGGAAAUCUGUUGUGGAGUUCCCUUAUG